AUGGUGACGGCGUGCAGGCUCUGGCCCGCCACGGCCCUGGUACUCCUGGCCUUGCUCGCAUGCCUGGGGGCUCUGGCCGACGCCUACCCCGCCAAACCCGAGGCCCCGGGGGAGGAUGCCUCGCCCGAGGAGCUCAGCCGCUACUACGCCUCCUUGCGUCACUACCUCAACCUGGUCACCCGGCAGCGGUACGGGAAACGCGACAGCCCAGAAGUGCUUCUGUCCAAACUGCUCUUCUCGGACGGCGAGGACCCCAUCAAGUCGCGACCAGAAGGCCCCUCCAUGUGGUGACGCGAACCGAGAUCAC